AUGUGCCUUGGCUUUAUACUUGCGAGCGGAAGUGCUACUCCGAUGAAACAUUUUACACAUCCACGAUUGAUCAUUUGGUUCAAGGGCUUGGUUUCCAAUUAUGUCUUCUGGGGUGAAGUCACAGCUUGUAUUCCUUUGGCGGCAGCAUGGACUCCGGGGUUGAAAGGAACUUGCAUCAACGACAAACAAAUGUGUACCGCUGUCGGUAUGAUGCAUGUAGUCUUCGACUUUUUGAACUUGCUACUUCCUAUUCCUAUCAUCUGGAGACUUCAGGUGCCAACUUGGAGUCGAGUUAUUGUUAGCCUUGUUUUGUCAGUUGGAGUUUUUGCGAGUGUCUGCUCGAUCCUUCGUAUGGCUUGUCUCAUUAACCUCGGCGAUAAUCCCCAAGAUAAAACCGGUUCAUGGUUAUAUAUGAUUUACCAAGUUAUCGAAGCCCCUAUCGAAAUCUUUGCUAUUUGCGUACCAAACCUAUCACCUAUUCUGAAGCACAUAUAUGCCUCUGCUUUUGGGACAAGUAUUAAAUCAUUGUUUGAAAGCAAGAGUCGAUCAACUGGAAGUAACGAUAUCUCUGAAAGCGGUAAGAACUCAAAGUUCAAGGAGAUCAAAAAUCCAAGUGGCUUUUCAAGCAAUGGCAAAGGAAGCUUCAGAGCUGAGAGUGACGAGGUGCCAUUACAGGAUAUCGAGUCUGUACACCGUGAUAGGAGUUUGGAGCAAUGA